UUGGCGCGAAGACCUUUAACUCGGAAAACUUGUAUAAGAUUUUGGCUUUAGAGUUAACAGUUGAAUUAUCGUCUUGUUGGUCUUUUAGAAUGCUGUGCUGGAUUAUUUGUUACUUUUGAACAUGGAUAUGAUAGAGCUGCACCAUGGAAUAGUUCAAUAUGGCGCGUAGAGCCGACUGGAAGAGAGGAGUUUAAGUGUUUUACCCUUUGUUUUGCCGUAGUCAUCCAGAGAUGCGUGCUGCCUGUGUAAUCUGUGGGGAUCUCUUCAUCCACACAGAUGACAUCUCUGCAACCCCCUGUGGGCACACAUUCCAUACUGUGUGUCUGAUACAGUGGAUUGAAAGGUCAAAAUCAUGCCCACAGUGUCGCCACAAAGCUACAGAGAAGAGCUUGGUAAAACUGUUUUUUGAUUCAGGAGGAGCAGAUACAUCACAUGUUGACCCUGACACAUUGCAGCACCAGAUUGACAGCCUUAAGUUCCAAAUCCGCUUGAAGGAGCAAGAAAUGAAAAACUUUAAGGAUAAUUCAGAAACUUUGACCAAGCAGAAUAAAGGCCUCAGAGAAGAGUGCAAAACUAUCACCAGCCAGCUUCAUGCCAAAGACACUACAAUUAUGGCUCUGAAGUCACAGCUCCAGUUCAUGGACCGCAUCACCAAGGAAGCCCAGAAGGCAAAAGAGGAAGCCAAGAAACUGAGAGAACAGCUUAGAGUGCUUCAAAAUGUGGAGAGCAUAGUUUCAGGCACCAAUGAUGAUGUGGAAGCAAUGCUGGUGUCAUAUUCCAACAACCCAGACAGCACAAGAGCCUUGGCCACCUUUUGUUCCAUACUGAAAAAGGAAAUGAACAAGACAGUUGAUGACAAGAGGAGGUUCCGGGAUGAAGCUACAUCACUACGAAACAAGCUGAGAGAGGUCAAACACAGCUAUAACAUUGCUUCAAAUGAGCUGACUACUGUACAACAGACAAAUAAAAACCUCCAAGAUGAUGUUAUGUCUCUUGAGAAGGAAAAUAAAAGCCUAAUGAAGAAGAUGGAGGCAUUGCAACAGGCCAUUGUAUCUCCUUCAGGAGAUGUGAAAAAUAGUGCAUUGCAUCGUUUAAUAGCAGAGAGCCCAGCACCUGCAGACCUGAAAAGACCCCGUCUAUCCAGCGCCGGAUGAGGAGUGGAUUUGAUGAUUCACA